AGCGAAGUCUCGCUCCCUCGCGCAUUGGCAGAGAACGCGUUAGACUUUCGAACGCAGUACGUACGCGAGCGUGUAUGUCUCAAUUAUUGAUGCAAAAGUUCCACGAUGGUUGACCAUAACGAGAGAUUGUUACAGGAGUUACAAACGAAAAGUGGGAACAAUGUUUGUGCCGAUUGUGGAGCCGACGACCCUGACUGGGCUUCAUAUAACCUGGGCAUCUUCAUCUGCAUGCGAUGCGCCUCGAUCCACCGAGGCAUGGGCGCUCACAUCAGCAAAGUCAAACACCUCAAACUGGACCGAUGGGAAGACUCACAAGUUCAGAGGAUGAGAGAUAUCGGCAACAUCGUAGCAAAGAACAAGUAUGAGGAACGCGUGCCACCCUGCUACAGGAGGCCUACGAAGAACGACCCACAAGUUUUGAUCGAGCAAUGGAUCCGCGCGAAGUACGAACGCGAAGAGUUCUGCCAUCCAGAACGGCAGAGCUACCUCUCGGGCUCCAUGGAGGGGUUCCUCAUGAAGAGGGGGAAAGAAGACAACCGCUACCAGCUCAGGAAGUUUGUACUCAAUGAGAGCGAGGACACACUCAAGUACCACGUAAAAGAAAACAAAGAGCCAAAGGGAAUUCUAAAGCUGUCAGAACUGAACGUCGCAUUUGCCCCCUCUAAAAUCGGACAGAUGAACUCCAUGCAACUCACAUUUAUGAAGGACGGUUCCACCAGACAUAUAUACGUUUACCACGAGGACCCAGAAGUGAUCAACUGUUGGUAUAUGGCAAUACGCUGUGCCAAGCUCCACCUCCUCCAAGUCGCGUUCCCCUCAACCCCACAGUCAGACCUCAUCCUCCGCCUGCCCAAGGACUUCGCCAGAGAAGGCUGGCUCUGGAAGACUGGACCUCGGUCCUCAGACGCCCAUAGACGACGCUGGUUCACACUGGAUCAGAGGAAGCUUAUGUAUCACGAUGAGCCUUUGGACGCUUAUCCGAAAGGAGAGAUAUUUAUUGGUCACGAAUCCAACGGCUACUGCAUCAAAGUCUCCAACACCGGCAACGGUUGCAAAGAAGCUCGUUUCUCCUUCCAACUGGUGACGCCAGAGCGGACUUACUGCCUAGCGGCCAUCUCACAUGAGGAACGUGCUGGAUGGCUGGUCGUGCUACAGAAGGCGAUCAAACGGCCGCUUUCACCUCAGGAUUCCACUAUUGAGGCGACCCUUGUCCGCAAGCGCACGACGUCAAACUCCACGAUGAGCAUAUUCUCAGGAAGGUAGUCGCACUGUCCACUCUUAUGCCAUAGUCGUAAGAGGGACCGAUGCCGCACAUUUCCAACUAAGACUAUUCCCCGUUCCGUACGAACCUGGAAUAUUUUCAAUCUUUUCUAAAUCCUUAAAUGAAUAUUUUAGUGUAAGUUUGAUAACAAAAUAUUUAUUUGAUUUUAUAGAAUUUAACAAUACAUUUUAUAAUUGUUAUUGUUUU